GACUUGUGAAUGCUAAUCUUUUAAUAUACUACUACUAUUAACACAAAUGCAAAGCAAUUUUUCUUAACAAUCUUUCAAAUCAAAUUAUAAAUCAGCAAUCAAUAAUAAGAUUAAGAACCCAUCUUCUUCAUCCAUAUUUUUUUUUCUUUUAUUUUCAUUAAGUUCUCCACUUUGUCUGCAGAUUUUUAAAAGAUUCAUACUUUGUCUUUAAACACUGAUUCUUUAAGAAUCUUGAAAAUCUUUUGCACAAAAAAGAUUAAAAUUGUGUCCUUUACCUUAAUUCUUGCCUGAAAUUCAGCCAUUCACUAUAUAUUCUCUUCUCUGUAGCUCACUAAAAAAGGAAAGUUUUUUGCUUUUUCUUUACCCUUGUUAACCAAUUAAUUAUUUCCUCAAGAAAAUACAGUUUUUUGAUCGUUUUGUUUACUUUUUAUAGGUUUUAGUACCUGGGUUUUGAGCGUUCUUUGUGAAAUUUGCGAGCUUUGAUACAUUUAGAAUUGAUGUAACUAAGGGCUGCUGUAUCUUUAAUGAAAAAAACAGUUUUGGGGUACUGUGGAAGGUGAAUUUUGAGUUAUUUUUGAUUGGUUGGUGUGUUGUAGUGUUGUUUCUUGAUUGGUAAUGUCAAUCAUGGAUGUUCUGGUUGGGGGCAAGUUUAAGUUGGGGAGAAAGAUUGGUAGUGGCUCCUUUGGUGAACUUUUUUUGGGGAUCAAUGUACAGAGUGGAGAAGAAGUGGCUAUCAAGUUGGAAUCUGCAAAAACUAAGCACCCCCAGCUUCAUUACGAGUCCAAGGUUUAUGUGCUUCUUCAAGGAGGAACCGGUAUUCCCCAUCUUAAAUGGUCUGGAGUUGAGGGUGAAUACAAUGUUAUGGCCAUUGAUCUUCUUGGACCGAGCCUGGAAGACCUGUUUAAUUACUGCAAUCGUAGGUUUUCGUUGAAAACAGUUUUGAUGCUUGCAGAUCAAUUGAUAAAUAGAGUUGAGUUUAUGCACACGCGGGGUUUUCUUCAUCGUGAUAUAAAGCCUGACAACUUCUUAAUGGGGUUAGGGAGAAAAGCAAAUCAGGUAUACAUCAUUGAUUAUGGCCUUGCAAAAAAGUACAAGGACCUCCAAACGCACAAGCAUAUACCAUACAGGGAAAACAAAAAUCUCACGGGUACAGCUCGUUAUGCAAGUGUUAAUACACAUCUUGGAGUUGAGCAAAGCAGGAGGGAUGAUCUAGAAUCUCUUGGUUAUGUGCUUAUGUAUUGUCUGAGGGGAAGCCUUCCCUGGCAAGGGCUGAGAGCAGGUACCAAAAAGCAGAAAUAUGACAAGAUCAGUGAAAAGAAGAUGCUUACUCCUGUAGAGUUUCUUUGCAAAAACUACUCUUCAGAAUUUACUUCGUACUUCCAUUAUUGCCGAUCAUUGAGGUUUGAAGAUACGCCAGACUAUUCAUAUCUGAAGAGGCUCUUCCGUGACUUAUUUAUUCGAGAAGGAUAUCAGUUUGACUAUGUCUUUGACUGGACUAUAUUGAAGUACCCACAGAUUAGCGCCAGCUCUAGAGCAAAGCCAAUUACCAAACCAGUUGUCAAUCCGGGUCCAGCGGAAAGAACCGAACGACCUUCAGUGGGCCAAGAGAUCCGAGAUAGAUUCUCUGGUGCAGUCGAAGCAUUUGCUAGAAAGAAUGGAUCUGGGCAUGCAUUGCAGGCAGAUCACUCUCGCCACAGGUCUUCAGGUGGUGCCCCAUCAUCUAAGGAUGUGCAUCUUGAUUCUGAUCGGCCUCAGUCAUCAUCUCGAAAUGGCAGUACUUCAAAGAGGGCCGUCAUAUCAAGCAUUCGGCCAAGCUCGUCUGGGGAGCCUAUUGAGAGUCGAUCAAGUCGGCUGCUUUCAAGCAGCGGUAGGUUAUCCACAACCUAUAGAGUGCAACCUGGAUUUGAGUCCAAAUCAUCUUCUUUUACGCGUUCUGCUGCAACAAGAGGUGGUCGGGAUGAUGCAAUGAGGAGCUUUGAGUUUCUAUCCAUCAGCACGGGAAAAAAGAAAUAAGUAAAGAAUCCAUAAGCAGGAUUUUUCAGAGUUACGGGUCUAAUUUCCCUUGUAGUAUGUAUCCAUAUCUUGGGAUUAUUAAGAAGAUCGCUCCCCAUGAAAAAGGUUUACCAGGAGAACUCUUCAACUCCUGUUGUACCUCUUCAGACGACGGGAUUAUUAGAAGGCCUACUGGAAUCAUCGUGGAACCUCAAGGUGUAUCAUUUCGUGAUGAGAGAAUUGUUAAUAUUUGAGAUAUAGUAGCUGUAAUAAAUAUAUCAGUGCUACAGUUUUUCUUCUUUAGUAUGGAAAGAGAUUACUUGAAUAAAAGACUAGUUAAUGUGCAUAUUGCAAAUGUUAAAACUAUUCAAUUUGAUAUGGUUUUGAACUA